GAUAAUUUUUCAAUCAGGCGAAUAUUAUAGCUUCAAAACAGCAGGGUCCUUAGGGUGCAGUAUUAUGCAGGGAUGGGAUUCAGUUGUUAGCGUUAGUCAGUCCCAUACACGCACACUGAACAUCCCCAAAAUCUUUAUUUAAAGUGUUUAUCUUGUUUAUUUUGUAUUAAAUUUUUAGACGCGGUUACAAUUAUUUUACAUUUCCAGAAAUGUAUGCUACUGUCGUAAUAUAGGACUCCUGAGUAAUGUUUUUAUUAUUAAUGCUUGGUUUGUGAGUUAGGAGCAGAAGAAAUGCACCGCGGCCCGAGCGCGGAGUAUACCCGGGCUCCUGCGCCCCCUCCUCGGUAUGGACCCCCACCCGCUUCUGGGCCUCCUUUUCCAGGCUCGUUUAACAAACCGAGUUUCCCGCCGCUCUUUCCGAGCACUGUGUCCUACCCCAGGUCGGUUCCCCCUCCGGUAUUUCAGAGCUUCAGCACCGAGGCGCCGCCGUACCAGGCAGCACCACAGUUUCCUGCAGGAUGGACGCUUCACCAGGACGAACUGCAGACUCUGGAGGUGAAAAAGAAAGCGGAAGAAUUUCUGCGCAUCCUGGAAGCUAAAGAUCUCCUCAAAGCACAUGGUGAAUUAGUAGACAAAGGCACGAGACGCUCCAGCAUCGACAGUGAAGUUGAGAGACGCAGCUCAGAGAAGCAUUCGAGAGGGCGGAGCAGGAGUAAGAGCAGGAGCCGGAGUCGGGGGAGGAGCCGAGCGAAGAGUCGAGCAAAAAGCCGGGGCAGGAGUCGUGCUCGGAGUAGGAGCCGGAGCAGAAGUCGGAACCGAAGUAGGAACCGAAGUCGGGGGAAAAGCCGCACCAGAGCAAAGAGUCGGCCGAGGAGUCGCAGUCGCAGCCGGGGGCGGAGCUUAGCAAGGAGUAAAAGCCAGCCCCGGCUACACAAAGACUCUCAGUGUAGCAUUAAAGACACUGCUGCUCCAUCUGUUAGAGUACCGGAUCUCUUCCAGAACCUGAAAGAGGUUCUACAGAGCAAAGAGCUGGAGAAACACCUGGCUGUGGUGAAGAACACCUUCAUGAUCAAUCAGCAGGUUCAAGAAGACAUAAAGCCGAAUCUUUCAGAGCUCCAGAUGAAGUCCUGGGAACAGGAUCAAGUCGCAGACCUUAACCCGAACUCCGUACUUCCUCACGAGCGAGUGGGGGGAAGUGAUGGCUCAUUGCCUCGAAUCUUAUCCUGGAACAAUCCUGAACAAAAAAAUGAUGUGUUUAGAAAUAAAAGUCUGUUCUCCAGCAUCGAGGACGAGGAGGAGUUUCUCUACGGAGACGAAGACGGAAGGAAGAAACCUCAAGCUGUCACCGUCCCUCUCGCCCAAACCAGACCUGCCGAAAAUCCCAUCCUGUCACCCUACCUUUCCAAACCAGCUGUCCUCCAGGAACCCAACAUUCAGGUCAUGACUUCCAGACGACCCCUGACCCCAGACGUGACUGCGGAGGAGUGCGAGAGGGUAAAGAACCUGCUGAAGACCAUCGGGCUGAAUCUGAACCAGGCUGACAUCAGCAAGAUGGCCAUCAGACUGAAGCAGAAGCAGGAGGAGCAAAGAGAAGUGAGCUCGAACUCUGCUCUCAGAGCGGGGCUGGAGACACUGCUGAACCGCAGUAAAGUGCAGACGUCUGAUGACAGUCGGAGUAUCCGAUCUGAAAGCAGCCAUUCACACAGAGACACUGAUCACAAAGACGCGAGUGAUGAGAGGGAGAAGGAGCGGAGGGAGAAACAGAUCCAGAAGAAGAGGAAGGAGUACCUGGUAAAGGAGCUGGAGGGAUUGCUCAAGCACGAAGGUUCGGGUGAUUUGAUUCCCGUGAUCGGUUUCUUCUGUCAGCGGUGCGAGGAGUUUUUCGGGGACCUGACCAGCGCCGAGGGACACAAACACAGCAACACACACCAGAAUCAGCAGGUUAAAGACGUUAAGAGACAGCGAAAGCACAAACCCCUGGAGCUCCGAGACGGAGACCGAGACGAGCGAAGUGUUGAGAGGAAACGACAGAGAGAGGACACGAGCCCUCACAGGAUCAAGGACAAGUCCAGAGUCCAGGAGACGAAAGAGGACGACACUCAGUCGAGUAAGAACCCCAAGAAGAAAAAGAAGAAAGACAAGAAGAUGAAGAAAAAGGACAAAAAGAAAGAGAAGAAGAAAAAGGACAAGGCUGAUAAGAAAUAGUGGGGGCACUAUAAAUGGAAUAUCACAUCUCGAUACAUGACAUCAUGAUAGGGACAUUGCAAACUACUGCCAAAACUAUAUUAAUCAGCUCAUCCUUACUGUAAUGUGGCUGUAGGAGUAGCGACAGCACACACUCACCUCUCCAGUAUGUUCAGCAUUGAUCGCAGCAUAUGCGAUCUCCCCCCCUGCUGCCCAGCUGUGCUAAAACAUCUUCACAGAUUCAGGAUAAAGGGAACCUUAGCGGAAUGGAGAUGAAACAUUUGGUGCUGGUUAAAAAGUUACAGUGAAAAAAGAAGUUCACCCGGAUGUUAAAUGUACCUUCACCUCAAAUACGUAGCAUUAGACCUGCCCUGAAGCUACAAGGUCAAAGAAUCUUAUUGCCCCCAGAUUAGCCGUAAAAAAUAUCACAUAGAUUUUUUGAUCUGCGAAUAAAAAUAACCUGUAUAUUUUAUUUCUGGCUGAAAUUUUCCUGACAUUAAAUGUUAAAAUGACUGGAUUUUUUUGUGUAAUAAAACAUUUUUUAUGGUGCA